AUGCUGAUUCAAAAAAAAGAUAACUACGGGUGUGAUGUGUUAAUUCCUAGCUGUGGUCCGAAAGGCAAAUGUUGCGAUCGGCAUGAUGCAUGUUUUAAGAAACAUAGAUGUCGUGCAAACAGCUGGGGUUGGUCGUGGAUACCAGGUGUAGCAUUGUUCGAUCCAUGUGCUCGAUGUAAUAAAGCUGUUUUGUUUUGUAUCGCUAAUCUAAUUAUAUGGCCUGGACCAAGUGAGUGUUGUGUAAAUGGAAAUUGUGGAUAUCAAAGACCACGAAAUCAUUGGCAUAAGAUCAAUGUUUGA